AUUGACAGUGCGCACUUUGUUUUCUCGAGUUUCCACGAUGAAAAUCUACCUGUAUUAAUGUAACGUAUAGAGUGCUCUCUAACUCGAUUUUUAAUUAAAUGGAGAUCAAGACAACGUGCCUAGUAACGCCAUAUUUCCCAGCUGACUAGACGGAGCGACGAUCGCCAGCUGAGCCACCGAGGCUCUGUUUGGCAGAACUAUGGGGAUCUGACGUUUGUUGCUCACCUCACAAUUUCAUUUCCCCUUCGCUUAUGUGAUGAUUCGGAGCACACUUAGUAAAAUUGGUGUUCGAGCAACGGUGCAAGAAGAGCUGCAAGCGUAUGUGCCAGCGGCGGUCCUACCACAGACCCACAGGACAGGUCCGAUGAGAUCAGAGUCCACCGAUUCGUCUUGAAACCAACGGUGUGCAAAUCGUGUGUUUCUUUGUUCCGACUCUCUAGCUAUCGUGGAAAUCUGACGUGCCGCCCUCAUCGCCGUCUUGCCCCUGCGUCUCCUUGCAGAGCUGUAUGAGCGAAGCCGGACCUUUCAGAAGGUCCCACCGAUAGGAGUUGGCCGCAGUAUGUUCUCCCGGAACCACUGUCAUCGCCGUCCUCCAGUCUUUGAAUACUCCUAGCAGUUGUUCGAGUCGGCUUACACGACCAUGACGUUGCUUUGUGUGCGCCGUUUGCGUGGAACUUCAUUUGUCUCUGUGAUGAGGCUGAUCGUAGUCCUGGCACUGACCAUUUCACAGGUCUCAGCCGGGGAGUACUCGGUGAUAAUGGCAGAAGCAGACAAUGCCGUGCAUCAGUUUUGUAUGGUAUAUUUCUCAGAGUUCAAAGAAUUACCUGAGAGUCCAGAACGAAUGCCGUACAUCCAAAUGGUCAACUUAACAUCUCAGGAUGGCUGCAAGAAGCUGCAGUCUAUUAACCUGCAUGGCAAAGUUGCUCUCAUAAAAGACAGUGGGAACUGCACACUGGACAAGGUUGUUCUUCACUACAAAGCUGCGCAGGCAUACGGCAUUGUUAUUUCGACGCAGAAGAGCAGAGUGGACAACAUUAUCAUCAACAGAAAUGACACACGUCACUUGGAUCUUGUUGUUGGAUUUGUCACAGACGUCACUGGCAACAGCUUGCUGAGCCUAAUGAAGCCGAAGGAACCCUUGCUGACUAAGCUGUUCACGAAGAGAAGCUUGGCAUUCGACUACAGCUUGAUCAUCAUCUGGCUUGUGGCUGUGUUCACGCUUGGCGUAGGCUCCUACUGGUCAGGCCUGGUCAAACACGAGAUCUACCAGCACGAAAUUGGGAAGUGCUCACAUGCCAGCCACGCUGGGGCGGAAGGGGAGGAGAGUUCAUUACCGAAGUCCGAGAAUGUCCUCGAGGAAGAGAGCUCACUGGACGUCUCACCCGUGCUGGUCACUCUGUUUGUCAUUUGCAUGGGUGUCAUGCUCCUUCUGCUUUACUUCUUCUUCCAGUACCUGGUGUUUUUCAUCAUUGGCAUGUUUGCCUUGGCAUCUGUGGUGUCUGUCAUCGGUGUCCUUGAACCUCUAAUCUACAAAAUCCCAAUAGGGACAACACGGAUCCCACGCAAUGUGUGCCCGUGCUUCCACGGCCCCCUGGAGGUGCGUCAGCUGGCGCUGAUUGUGUUUGCCAUCUCGGUGUCUGUGACCUGGGUCGUACUGCGCCACCACCCACAGUCGUGGAUCCUGCAGGACUUGCUGGGUGUCGCCUUCAGCAUCAACAUGCUCAAGACUCUGCGCCUGCCCAACCUCAUGAUUUGCAGCGUGCUCCUGGUGCUGCUUUUCUUCUACGACAUCUUCUUCGUUUUCGUCACUCCAUUCUUGACUAUGAAGGGCGAGAGCAUCAUGGUGGAUUUGGCCACAAGAGGCUUGGAGCAGCUGCCAAUGAAGGGCGAGAGCAUCAUGGUAGAAGUGGCCAAAGGAGGCAACACUCAGGAGCAGCUGCCCAUGGUGUUGAGGGUGCCCCACUUCAACAACGAGUCGCUGUCCGUCUGCUUCGGCCAGUUCUCUUUGCUGGGCUUCGGUGACAUUCUUGUUCCAGGCCUUCUAGUUGCCUACUGCCAUGGUUUUGACCUGCUGACAACGAGAAGCCGCCUGUAUUUUUUCACUGGGACACUGUUUUAUGGCGUGGGGCUUGUGCUCACGUUCAUCGCACUAUACCUGAUGCGAACUCCCCAGCCUGCCUUGCUGUACCUUGUGCCAGCCACGCUCUUGCCAACCAUCUGCAUAGCAUGGUGUAGAGGGCAGUUGGCUGACAUAUGGCAUGGCGUCAAGCCUGUGCCGCUAGUACUGGCAGGGCAAGCCGCUCCUCAAGCCACGGUCGUGCCACCACGGGCAGUUGGCAGUGCAAAUGCCUCGCAAGCCCCAUCAUCUCCCACUAGUUUCCAUGGACCGAUCAACUCGAGUCGACCAGGUACACCGCCUCCACUCGCGAGUCCGCAGCAUCCUCCUCCAGGCAGCGCCAUGUUGCAGCUGGGAGCGUCUCAGUAUAGUAUUCAGCCAAGAAUGUCUCCACCCCCAAGUCCAGGUUCUGGGGGCAGAAGCUCUCCAGGCCAUAUGGCAAACGGCCACUCGAACGCUCGUGUCCCUGGCAUUCCGCAGGCGAACACUCCCCUGCUGAGUGCAGCUCAGUUUCCUCACCCAGGAACACAAAGCCAGUACUGGGUGGGUGCACAAGACCACUUUGUCAAUGCUCUCCCUGCAGAAACAGCACAGAGGUAGUAGCCACUCAUGACCUCUGUUCAGUAAGAGGGCUGUACCUGGAAGUCUCAUGAAGUGUAUCUUAUUUUGCUUUCCUUUUCCUGUUUUUUUUUUUUUUUUUCUGUGGCUACACUGUUCCCAUCUGAUCAGUAGGUUGGUCUGAAUUCCAUCAGUAGGCAGAAAAGCUGGAGAAAGCUUAGCAAAGCUUGCAACCUUAUUUUGCAUGCUACAUGUGCAAUCAUUGGGCAAUUCUUGCAUAGUGCAGUCCGUGACAUGCUACCACAAGUUGAACUGACAAGAAGCUAUGUAUGCAUGUGCUGGUCCAGCUGUCGCAGUGUGUAGGUGUGAAUAUCCGUAUGUACAACACGAAAUUUCUUCAGGUUACCAGAAGAACUAAGUUGUAUACUUUUCAGUUUGAUUAUCAUCUCUGUCAAAUCACAGAGUAUCUAGCAGAAUCUUGAUUCGACACAGGUGUUUGUUCAGCCUGCUGGCUCAGACAGCUGAAUAAGAGCAGUGCAAAACGGUGGAGACAGUAGCGCAAGCUGACAGGACACGUGGCAACUACCAACUGAAAUUUGUGGUUUGCUGCAAGGACUAAACAGAACAGACAACCAUGGUCCUCACCCUCCUUAUGCGCUGAGAAUUGAUGCGUGCAUGUUAUGAGCAGGAAACAAGACAAUAAAAACAUACAAGGCGCACAGGUGGAGUUAUCAGCUGUCAAGGUACACAACCUUUUUUUUCAUGUAGGAUGCUCAUGUAUAUGCUUCACUGACACAAACCGUCAGUUUUUGUUGUUUUGUGUCCUGCUCACAACAUGGAUGCGCAAUUUAUUUCACGGCUGCUCACGUCAUCUCUAUAUGUUCCUUGUGCUUUGCACUGUCUAGCUUCUUGAUAAGCUUGCACUAAUUUGCCCAAAUUUCAAUUGUACAGUUGUCUUGUGUCCUGUUAGAUGCCACUACUGUCCUCAUCAUUUCCUGUCGCUGCUUAUUUUUCGGCAGGACUUCUGUUUGGAAGCACAGCUUUUUCAUGAGGAAAGUGGACUUCUGCACAACUUGAAAUGUUUGCUUAAGUUAACUUUGAGGCUUCAUGUAGCAAACAUGGGGGUCCUGAUGAGUUGCAAAAAUGCCUCUUGUCGGGUGCUCAAUGCAGUGUUCUUCCCCAUCCCCCUAUUUCUUAUAUUUUUUUUGCCAGGGUCGCUUUGGUGCCAAAGGUGCCUUUGGUGUGCUCUCCGUCCUCACACUUUCCUCAGGAGCUGAGAGAGAACAGAGUGGCUUAUUUUUUUAAUUAUUAUUCUUUUUUCAUCUUUCUUUUUUUUCUGACAAAUUGUGAGCUGUUUCUGCAUGGUUUAUGCAGCCACUGUGUAUUGUGUCGCAGUGCUUGCAAUCCAAUGCCUCUGAUGGUAACAGUAGAUGUUCCUGAGCUGCAUUCUUCCCCUGUGUUUUGUUUAGAAGGAAAUUCUAUCAAUCAGUCCUGAAACAGCGAGCAAAGAUGAAAGCAGCCAUGGUGUUUUGAAACCUUAAUCCAUGAAAAUGCUGCAUGCCACAAUGUUUUACGCUGCAGAAUUUUGAGAAACUUCUAUGUCACUGUUGUCAUAGCUUGGCAUUAUGCUAGUUAAAGUACUGACUGAGCUGAAGCUUUGCACGCUUUAAAAGUGGCACCAUUGUCAAAAGUGAUGCAAUCACUACCCAUGCAAAUAGACUGUGCCACAUAAAAUGAAUAAAGGAGGAUCUCAAUAUGAUAACUUCUGCAUGUGGAUGAACAUGUUUUGUGUCAUGGUUGAAUGGUGACAGUUCUUAAAAGAAAAGGAAUUAAAGAACAUAGCCACAGAAUUACGUUGUGGUGACCAUGCUUUUUGUGACCCAAUUCAGUAUGGGUCUUUUCAGAAAGCAAUAAGCCAUCUGCCACAAAAACCACUCCCCUAUUAAGAAACAGAAGAAUGGAAAAUUGUUGGGGAUUGACCUGUAGGAUUUCCUCGAGUUUCAUUUUCUCAGCCCAGUAGCAAGGUUUCUCAGAUUUGUGUAGCAGGACAGUCACACUUUUUUGUGAUAAUGUGUUUGUUAUACUGCAUGUCAUAAAACCCAUUGUUAGAGUGCAUAUUAAUUUUGAGCAAAUAUGACUCCGUGUUGAUAUAUAUAAGUGUCACAAAGGGAGAGUAAUGGUCCCAUAGCGAGAAUGCACACUGUAAACAGUUUGUGCGGCGAUUUAUGUAUGGGCACUGGCAAGCAGCUCUUUGGUAACCGCUUUGAAUUACCUUGUGAAAUCACUUCCCGUUUGAAGAAUUCAGUUUCCUAAGAAUGACAGCAAAUGGGCCUGCACAAAUAAAACAUACUUCAGAGUUGGUGAAUUCUAUUGUAAUCAUGCUGCGAUUUGGAAGGAACAACCUGUGUUAGAUACGUUUGUACAUAUAGCACUGACACUUUAUUUGUGAUGAGUUCCUCACAUGUUUGCUCGCUGUGACUGCUUAUUAAACGGAUUGUGCAACAAGGUUACGUAUUGAGGUAAAGUAUGAACACAUUUUGUGCGUAUUUGUGCCAAGUGUUCCUAUUUUUCUGAAGUUGACCUGGUAAUGAUGACUAUCGUAGAUAUACAAAUACACAUUUUAACAUGUAAGUAUAAUAUGUAUACAUGCGGGUCUGAAUUUUUAUAUGUGAAAAUGCGCCAUUAGAGCAAAGCUUUGGUUAAAGUGACAAUAAACUGAUUCAAAGCUUUUC